AUUCCGCGAACUGUUACAGCAGGAUCUACUGGUAAAUGCAAAGCGCGUUCCACCAAGCUGCGCGGUCAUUUGGAUUGCGAGCACGUUGCGUGCAACGUUGCGGUCUGCUGUCGAGGAGUCAAAGCUUCCAGUCGCAUUCAGCCUCAAGUACUCGUGCCAUGACUUCAGCAACUGCGGACCGGGCCGAUGCAGUUUUGCAGUAUUGGUUUGGCCCAGGCGUCGCGACUGCGGACGACUCGUAUGUACCCCAAGACAAGCGGAAGCUGUGGUUUAUGGGAGGGCCGGAAGUCGACCAGUACAUAACGGAGCACUUCAGUGCGGACGUGGAGGCGGUGCGCGAUGGCACGUAUGACGACUGGCGCAGCACCGCCAGCCCGCGGAGCACCGUGGCCGGCAUCAUCCUCAUGGACCAAUUCACCAGGAACAUCUUCCGCGGCAAGCCCGAGGCGUUCUCAUUGGACAGCAAGGCGCUGUCCUGGGCGCAGCAGGCGGUGGCCGACGGCAGUGCCGCCCAGCUGCCCGCCGUGCUCAAGUACUUCCUGCUCAUGCCCUACAUGCACAGCGAGGAACUGGAGGUGCAGGAGGCGGGCGUGGUGCUGUUCCGGCAGGCGGCGGAGGCGGCAGAGGCGGGCGGGCACGAGGCGGCGGCGGGCAUGCUGCGCGCCGCGCUGUCGUACCAGGAGGCCCACCGCGACGUGAUCAAGGCCUGGGGCCGCUUCCCGCACCGCAACGCCAUCCUGGGCCGUGUCAGCACACCCGAGGAGCUGGCUGGGCUGGCGGACGGAAGCAUCAGGAAGUUUUGAAGUUCUGGCUACUGAGUUCUAAGCCAGUUGUCAGCUGCUGUCGACUGGGGUCCGCAGGGGAUAGCCACGACGGCCUAGGCUUGGGGCGAAGGUGUUGGGAAGGGUGGGGGCAGUGCGGCGCGCGAGGGGGGCGAGGGUGGUGACCGAGGCGGCAUGCAGGGCGUGCCAGGAGCGCGCCGCGUGCGGUUACGUGCGACGUGAUCACGGUGUCGUGACCUGGCAUGUGACCGUGCAUAUCGUGUGACUGAGUGAUUUGGGUGUGGUUUUGGCGUGUGGGAAUAGGGGAACGUGCCCGAGGUUGGUUGGCUCGACACGGUGUAUUGCAUGGGAGGCCGGAGUACGGGUGAUCCGAGAGAGGAUAUAGGUCGCGUCUGAGAGCGGCUAGAGCCGUCUCUCAUUCCGAUGUUUGCAGAUCUGUUAUGUCGGCCUCUGCAAAUGGCCGUGUUGGCCACGGCGUAGGCGGCCUGAAGCGCAUGCGUAGCGAGCGAGAGGGUGGCGCAAGACGAUCACGUUCCGGCUUACAUGUUGCCUCAGAGUUUAACGUCCACGCAACACGGGCACGGUGCUAUGCUCCCAUGUAGCCGUGAGUGCACCCACAGGCGGGCUUGCCGCCGCCUUUGUGUCCGCGGCAUGGCCUACUUGCCCGUUAGCGGCAUUGGCCACUGAGGGCCUAGACCCAGAGUCUCGCAAGACGGGCGAUUCAACUAAGGACAUUUGGGAUGAUGACGCUACCAUGCAUUUGUUGCGCAACGGCACUCACCGCGAGGGCACAUCGCCACUAGAGCGGCGCCGCGCAGCACGACGCGCAGAGCGCUACCGCAUGCAAGGUGGUGAUCUA